AUGUGGGGGACACCGAGCACCACGGUGCGGAGCAUCCGUCCCUACCAGUCCGGCGAGCAGUACCUUUGUGCCAUGAAGGAGGACUUGGCCGAGUGGCUGAAGGAGCUGUACGACCUAGACAUUGAGGUGGGCACCUUCUUGGAGGUGCUGGAGACAGGGGCUGUGCUCUGCUCCCACGCCAACAACAUCACCCACGUGGCCAAGGAGUUUGCCUCUGCCUGCCCUGGCGUGGCCCAGCACCUCCACCUGCCCGCUGCCGGUGUCACCUGCAACCUCACGGCACAGCCAGGCACCUUCCAGGCCAGGGACAACAUCUCCAACUUCAUCCAGUGGUGCAGGAAGGAGAUGGAUAUUAAAGAUGUCCUGAUGUUUGAGACGGAGGACCUGGUGCUGAGGAAGAACGAGAAGAACUUUGUGCUGUGCCUGCUGGAGCUGGCACGCCGGGCUGCCCGCUUCGGGAUGCGUCCCCCAACCCUCAUCCAGAUGGAGGAGGAGAUCGAGGAGGAGCUCCGUGAGGAGCUGGAGCUGCCAUCCACGGAUACUCAGCUCCCCAGGCCCCCCAGGAAACCACGGGACCUCAACAACCUCGACCAGAUGGUCCAACACCUGGUGAGCCGCUGUACCUGCCCAGUCCAGUUCCCCAUGGUCAAGAUAUCUGAAGGGAAAUACCGUGUGGGUGACUCUGACACCCUCAUCUUUGUCAGGGUCCUGCGGGACCACGUCAUGGUGCGGGUCGGGGGCGGCUGGGACACGCUGGGGCACUACCUGGACAAGCACGAUCCCUGCCGCUGCACCUCGCUCUCUCACAAACAAGCCUGGAAAAGCCGCAGCCCCCAGCAUCAAGUGCAGCACGAGGUCUGGCUGUCCCCAGCCUCCAAGGUGGCCACCCGUGGCCAGCCCCAGCCCACACUGCUGGUCAGCCGCUCGCAGAGCCCCCUGCCCCCCAUUACCUGGGGGUCCCGUGUCCCCUCCAGUCCCCACCGACCUGCCACCCCCUUACCAGAGGGCUCGGGUCACCCACGGGGUGCCAGCCCUCACCGGGACCCAGCACAGCCCCGGGGGGUCCCCUCGGGCAGGUAAGUGGUGCAGAAAUCCUGCGUGACGUGGCAGCCAACACCAUCCAGGUCACCCACUCGACCCAGCACCCCUUGCCAUGGGGCUAAGAGCCGGGCACCCACCCCCUCCCGGGUAGCCCCCAGCACCCAGGACAGCGUGGGGGUCCCCAAGACACCUUGUGGGCCCACCCGAGGGAGAACCCCCCCAGCACUGGCACAGGGCAGGUGCACAACACCCAACACCCAGCAGACACCAGCACCUCCAAAAAGCACCCAGCAAAGAGCCAAAUCACCUGCCAUGGCUGCCAGGCUGCAGGAAGGGGGGGUCCCUGCCUUGGUGACACCCCGUGCCCCCAGCCCCAUCAAGCUCUGUGCCCCCUCCCCACACCAGAAUGCCCGGGGAGACUCACAGAGCCAGAAACACCCACGGGAAGGGAGAGGGGGAGCCCUAGGCCAGGGCCAACCACCCUCACCCCAGAAUCCCUCCAACCCCCCUCUGAAACAGGAUGGCAUCAGUAUCCCCCCCCCCAAAGCCAGCCCACCCAUUCGCUGUACCCCCACCCCUCCAGCCAGGCUUGCAGAUGGGUGCAAGGGCUGUGCUGCUGGGGGGGGUCCCCGUCAGUGCCCCCCAUCCCUGACCACAAGGGCUGCCGAGGGACUGGAGGUGCCAGGGGAUGAACUGGGGGGAGCCUGUGCCCCUGUCAGUGGGAGUGGGGGUCUCAAGGGGUGCUGGGGGCAGGCGCAGCCCCCUGGCUAUGACAGGGUGGUGGAGGAGCUCUCCCACGGGAGGCAGCCCCUGCGUCCUGUAGAUCUGGGGAGCUGGGUACCCAAAACCCCCCUCCCCACCCCACAGCCCACCACCCUACCCACCAGUGGGAAGGUGGAGGGGCAGGGUGUGGGGUCCCAGACUCCACAGGGGCCCAAAGCCAGCGCUGUCCCCAAACCCCGGCGGUGCCUGAAGAAACCCGAACGCGUGCCUUCCAUCUACAAGCUGAAGCUGCGGCCCAAAGUCCGUCCCCGCCGGGACCACAGGCCCGGCAAGAGACCCUCACGCAUCCCCACCCCCUUGGGGCAGCGCCAGCGUCGCCCCCCGGGGCCCCCCCGUCAGCCCCCACCCCCUGACACCCGUCCCGGGGCCAAGCCCUCCCCGGCUGACAGCGGAGCCUGGCUGACCGAGGAUGAUGAGGAGGUGUGGGUCUGA